ACUCACAUCAUAUGCUUCUAGUCACCCACCAAUAAUUCAUGUUCAAACCGUUGUUUGUUGACUUUGUUAAUUAUGAAAAGCAAAUCCCAUUAAAUCUUCCAACAUAUACAUAUAUGAAAGUGCUCAAUUCAAACACGUACCAAUUCAUUUCCACAAUAAAAUUAUUUUAGAGACUCUCUUGUAUUUUAUCCUCUUCUACAUCCUUAUACUCCUUCUUCAUCAUCAAGUCCAAACACACUCUUCAUGAUGAAAAACGUUGAAGUGGAGUCACUAAUACCUAAACCAACUAGGUACUUACGAAGGCGGCGCUACCAGCGCCUCGACGCUGAUGGCGCCGCCACCGGUGAUGGUAAGAAGAUGAAGGCUAUAAGGUUGAAAAGAAGACAAUGGAGGAUUAGAGCUGUUCCAAGGUUAACAUGGGCAAUUAGGUCACCAAUAAAGAUGUGGACAAAGCUUAAGAACACUUACGAGAAAUUUAUGUUGAAGUCCAUGAACACAGACACGAUCUUUGGAAAUAAAAAGGUUGGUGAUGUUUCUAAGGAUUAUACACGUGAUGCUUUUGAGGCUAGGCUUAUAUUUGAGAUUUCUAAGGCCUUGGUUGCUUCUCAUGAACUAAAUUCCAUGUAAUAGUUUAUAAUUACUUCUUAAUUUUGUGUACCUUUUUUUUUUUUUGUUUGGCUUGAUUUUCUCAAUUUUUCUAUCCAAGGAACAUGUUGAGGAAUCUUCUUAAUAGUUUAUAAGUUAAUGUUUCUUUCAUGAGUUGUAAUUUCAUAAUUUCCUUGUGGAUAUAAUAAUACCUUUAAUUGGGAUCCACA